AUGCGGGCCGCUCUGCUCUUCGUCCCAAUCCUCACACUGCUUGGAGACUGCGCGUCAAGAAGGCUUCGCGUGAUGACAUUCAAUAUAUGGCAAACUGGAAUGCGUGUCAGUAAUGGUCUUCAGAAGGUUGCAAAGCAUAUUGCCUUUGUUGACCCCGACAUAGUAGCUCUCCAGGAAGCAAAACUUGGAGACUCAGCACCGGCUCUUCUUUCCUUGUUGGGACAUCCGUGGACAGUGCUCACCGACGAGGAAUCCAGAUUAGACGUAGCCAUUCUCACUAAGCAUACGGUAAUGAGGAGUACUGUUACGAAAACUAGUCAUGCGAUCGGAGGGAGGAUCGAUCUCGGUUUUGGAGACGCGGUGAGCAUGUGGAACGUUCAUCUCGACCACAAAGCUUAUGGGCCGCAUGCGGCCAACAACAAGAUGGUCGCCUCAGUGGACCAGAUUCUUGCUGGAGAAAAACUGAAUAACAGAGCUGGUCGGGUGCAGAACAUUAUGGAAAUUUUUGACGAUCCACAAAUGAAGCAUUGGCUGAACAAAAGUGACAAUGUACCACUAAUUCUUGCCGGAGACUUCAACACACCUUCCCAUCUUGAUUGGACUGAGGAGACAAUAGGAAGACAUGGAAAUUGGGUAGUGCAAUGGCCAGUGACGAAAAUUGUCGAGGCGAUGGGCUUCAUAGACUCAUUUCGAGUUGUUCAUCCAAACGUCUCCGAAGUUCCCGGAUACACUUGGUCAACUGUGUACAAAUUUCUACCGGAAUGGGAUUUUAAAAUCCCAGAGCCUCAAGACCGCAUCGACUUCAUCUUUUACAAAGGUCGGGAAAUCAAUAUGAUGAACGACUUAGCUCCAGAGCUCAGCAGAAGGAAACGAGCUGCAUGGGGAGCUUUCAAGAGCAUCGAGGAUGUAGUUAAGAGAACAAAGAACACUCUACUCCGUGCCCACAUUUUCGACUUAACAGUACUUCUUGCCCUAUGUUAUGCGUCAGAAACCUGGUCGCUGCGUAAGCAGGAUGAAAGGUCACUCAGCGUCAUUGAACGCGCAGUCGAAAGGACGAUGAUAGGCAAUAUGAUUGCCGUGGAUUCGUUUAUCUAUGCAGGACCAGAGGCAAUUAAGCCGAUUCCCUACCAUCGUGAAAACGACUACCCGUCGGACCACUUCGCCGUCGUAACCGAGUUCGAGAUGGAAGAGUCUGAAAAGCAAUGA